AGGAGCCGGGCCGAGUCUCAUUUACGGAAUUAUUUUUACUUUCCCUUCAAGUUAAUUACACAGUACCUGCCCCCCAACUACCGAGGUACAUAAACCACUUGCAGCUGUUCGCGAUGCCGAUCCGCGUCAAGUCGAAACCUGCACAGGGUUCAGAACCGUUGCGAACCCCUUCGCCCACGGGUUUCCAUCGCCAAGAUCGUCGGAUUGCGGAACUCCCCGACAUCCACGAUGAUGACUGCUUCCGGGUGCUGGUCAAGAAACUAUCCGUCUAUAUCGCUAGUAUCAUUCAGUUGCCCUUGACUUUUGAGCAACUCAGGACCACUGGCGCCGGCGACAGUCUGCCCGCCUUGGUUGACCACCUGGGUCGCAAUUGCACUCAUCCCGCCAUUGUGAACGCUUUGCUUGCCCUAAAAUGGCAUUACGGCGCCAUCACAGAAGACAAAGGGCUGCACGAGGCUCGGGCUAACGCCUGCGAGAUCGUGGCCUGGCGCUUCUUGACCCAUCUGUCCGAGAGGGAGGCUGUUGACUAUUGCCUCUACGAGAUUCCUGACACCAAGGACGUAGAUACGAGUCCCACCGAUGAGGAGGCCGCCGUUGACGAGCGCAGCUCUCUCCUAGGCCGGGCCCUGCGUGACACUGCAAAUUCGGCCCGCCAGGCUUUCAGCCCGACAGGGGCCAACAAACGCAACAUGCUCCUGCAUUCCAUCUCGCGCCUUACCAUGAGCAUGACGGCUGACCUUGACGAUGACGAGGAGGAGGAUGAUCCUACCGCGCACUUCACCAACCUCAAUGCCCUCGAGAUCGCCGCCAUUGCUGACGCCAAGCGCUUUCUCAGCCAGGGCAUCGUCCAAAAGAUCAUUACGGGAAUAUGGAACGGCGAUAUCAUCUUCUGGGAUUCCCUCUCCGUCCACUCGGUCAAGAAGCCGCGCUUCUACAAGCCCACCACCGCCGACCCCUUUUCGCGCCUCCGCGUUCCCAAGUACCUCAAAUCCUUCGAGGUCCUCUUCUUCGCCAGCUUCCUGUUCCUCUACUAUGCCGUGCUGAUGGAGCGGGACCCUACGCGCAUUACUACAUUGGAGGUCUUUUUGUGUCUCUGGCUUGCUGCCUUUGCCUACGACGAGCUGAGCGAGUGGAUAGAUGCUGGGUCGAUCUUUUAUGCUGCAGAUGUUUGGAACAUUUUUGACAUGGCCAUGAUAGCAAUUGGCUUCACCUACUUCGUUUUGAGGAUUGUUGGGUUGGAAACCGGCAACGCUCGCCUCGUUGACCUCGCUUUUGACGUUCUGGCUCUCGAGGCGCUCUUCAUGGUCCCUCGCGUCUUUUCCAUCCUUAGCCUGAGCCCGUACUGGGGGACCCUCAUCCCUUGCCUGAAGGAGAUGGGUAAAGACUUCCUCAAGUUUAUGGUGCUUGUUGUCGUCAUCUACCUCGGGUUUCUCACCACCUUCUCUCUGGUCGGCCGCGAUUCCUACUCCCUCAACAAAAUGGCUGGCUUCUUAACACGCAUCUUUUUCGGAUCGAGCGGUGUCGGCUUCGACAUCAUGCACAACAUCGACCCCAUCUUCGGCCCACCCCUGAUGAUGCUCUUCGUCACGCUCAGCUCCAUCCUCCUAACGGGCUCCCUGACGGGUAUGCUCUCUAACUCGUUCUCGCGCGUCAUCACCCACGCCCGCGAGGAGUACCUCUACGUCUACAGCGUUUACGUCCUGGAAGCAUCAACUUCCAAUCGCCUAACCCACUUCUACCCGCCCUUCAACCUCCUCGCCCUCGUCAUCUUCCGGCCGCUGCGCCUGUUCCUCCCGUCGGACAACAAGUUCCGCAAGGCCCGCAUCCUGCUUCUCAAAGCAACCCACCUCCCCAUCGUCGCCGUCAUCGAAUUCUACGAGUGGCUGCACGGCACCGCCGGCAAGGGGACGCAGUACACCGGCUUCCGCGGCCCGCGCCACGCCACCAUCGCCAGCCCGAACCCCUCCCGUCGGCCGCACCACCAACACAACAAGCACCAGCACCACGCACAACCCCCCGCCUCUCUACGCGGCGACCUCUCCUCCGCAUCCACGCUCACCCUCCCCCGCCCGCCACCGCCCCACGCUACCGCCUCCACCCUCUCCACCACGACGGCGGCCGCCGAGCCGUCGGCAUCCUCUUCCUCCUCCGCGCAGCAGUACGAGCCGGCGCCCGAGGCCGAGGCGCGCAUCGCCGACCUCGCCGCCAAGAUCGACCGCCUGACCGACCUGGUCGUCGCCAUGCAGGCGCAGCAGACCCGCGGCCUGGCCGACGUCAGUCCCGGGCCUUGAUGCUUUUCGCUUACCGCUUACCGUUGCCGGCAGGGAGGUACCUACCUAGGUAGGCGGAUGGGGGGGGGGGGGGGGGGGGGUUGUGGUCAUUUAGUUGGGUUUUGGCCAUAUCUAUCUGUGUCUGCGUUUAUCCCAACCGUUCGUCUGUGGUCUUUGUCGUUUUGUUUUGGUUAGAGAGGGGAGAGGCAUUCAUGAGCAAUCAUUUUGCGUGGUGUUGUGGGCAUUGCGAUGUGUUUAAUCACUUGGCUUAUUUCUUUUGGGAUACAUGUCAGCGCUGGGUGGUUUGCAAUGUUUUCUAUGAAGGGAGAUUGAGCUUAUGGUAAACAUGGGAUGCGAAUAAUAUUUGUUGAUUCGGCAGUCUGCAGUAUUGUAAUGCAUUGGUGUGAUUUGACUCCAGGUUGAACAACGUAAUAGGUGUUAG